UUCCCGCCGGGGCCUCCCGUCCCUGUCCCGGUGACUUCCGGUCCGUGGCUCCGGGAGGGGGGUGCGGAGCCGCCGCUCUGCCCCCCCCACGGCCCCGGCGCCCCCCCACGGCCCCGGCGCCCCCCCGGCCCCGGCCGCAGCCGCCCCGCGUGACCUGUCACCCCCACAGCCGCCCCCGCAGCGCGGCCGCGGCCCAAGAGCAGCCCCGUGAGCCCUGAGCUCACCGCGCAGCCCCCGUGGCCUCCCCCGGGCGCGCCGAGAAGCCCCUGAGGAGCAGCCGGGGUACCAAGGGUCCAACCCCCCCCAACCCCAUCGCUUCCCACUGCUGGAGCGGGGGGGGGUUCCCACGGGCGCCCCCAGCCCAGGAGCCCACGGGAGAGAGCUGGGGGGGAUAACAGAGGCGAAAGAGCAGCGGGGGGCUCCUCUGAGGCAAAGCCCCCUGGGUAGGGGCUGCCCUCCCCCUUUCCCUGCCCUCUCCAGCCAUGGAGAAGGGGAAGGGGGGAACAGGAGGAGGAGGGAAGUUGCUGGUUUCCACUCUUCUGGAUGCCAAGGAUGAGUUGGAGGAGAGGCUGGAGCGGUGCGUGGGCAUCGUGACCUCGCUCACCAACGGGCUGUCGGAGAGAGAAGCCAACGACGCCCUCAACGCCCACAUAUGUAAAGGAGCCCCUCAGCACGAGGAGAUCUGCAUGGGUCUUUUCACUCUGGUCUUAACUGAACCUGCUCAGGCACAGAAGUGCUACAGGGACCUGGCCCUGGUGAGCAGAGAUGGCAUGAACAUUGUCCUCAGCAAGAUCAACCACAUUCUCAUGGAGAAGUACCUGAAGCUGCAAGACACUUGUCGGACCCAGCUGGUGUGGCUGCUGAGGGAGCUGGUGAAGAGCGGGGUGCUGGGCGCGGACGGCGUCUGCAUGACCUUCAUGAAGCAGAUUGCAGGUGGGGACGUGACAGCAAAGAACAUCUGGCUGGCUGAGAACGUCCUGGAGAUACUGACAGAGCAAAGAGAGUGGGUGUUGAAAAGCAGCCUCCUGAUAGCCAUGGCAGUGUACACCUACCUGAGGCUCAUCGUGGACCAUCACGGCACGGCUCAGCUCCAGGCCCUGCGCCAGAAGGAGGUGGAUUUCUGCAUCUCCCUGCUCAGGGAAAGGUUCAUGGACUGUUUCAUGAUCGGACGGGAUCUCGUGCGGCUGCUGCAGAACGUCGCCAGGAUCCCCGAGUUUGAGCAGCUCUGGAAGGACAUCAUCCACAACCCCCAGGUGCUCAGCACACAAUUCACAGGUGUGCUGCAGCUGCUCCAGUCCAGAACCUCUCGCAAGUUCCUGGCGUGUCGCCUCACUCCUGACAUGGAAACCAAGCUGCUCUUCAUGACCUCGCGGGUCAGGUUUGGGCAGCAGAAGAGGUACCAGGACUGGUUCCAGAGGCAGUACCUGUCCACCCCAGACAGCCAGUCCCUGCGCUGUGACCUCAUCCGUUACAUCUGUGGUGUGGUUCAUCCCUCCAACGAGGUGCUGAGCUCCGACAUCCUCCCGCGCUGGGCCAUCAUCGGCUGGCUGCUCACCACCUGCACGUCCAACGUUGCUGCUUCAAAUGCCAAACUGGCCCUGUUCUAUGACUGGCUCUUCUUCAACCCUGAGAAGGACAGCAUCAUGAAUAUAGAGCCUGCCAUUCUGGUGAUGCACCACUCCAUGAAGCCUCACCCUGCCAUCACUGCCACGCUGCUGGACUUCAUGUGCCGGAUCAUUCCCAACUUCUACCCGCCGCUGGAGGCUCACGUCCGACAAGGCGUCUUCAACUCCCUGACGCACAUCGUGGAGAAGCGAGUCCUGGCACACCUGGCCCCUCUCUUUGACAACCCCAAGCUGGACAAGGAGCUUCGUGCCAUGUUGAGGGAGAAGUUCCCUGAGUUCUGCAGUUCCCCCUCACCCCCCAUCGAAGUCAAGAUUGAGGAGCCUGUUUCCAUGGAGAUGGACAAUCACAUGUCAGAGAAGGACGACAGUUGCUAUGACAACGCCGAGGCCGCCUUCAGCGACGACGAAGACGACUUGAACAGCAAAGGGAAGAAAAGGGAGUUCAGGUUUCAUCCAAUCAAAGAAACCAUUGUGGAGGAGCCUGUUGAUAUCACCCCCUUCCUGGACCAGCUGGAUGAAUCCCUGAAAGAGAAAGUCCUGCAGCUGCAGAAGGGAAGCGAUACGGAAGCGCAGUGUGAGGUCAUGCAGGAAAUCGUGGAUCAAGUGCUGGAGGAGGACUUUGACUCAGAGCAGCUCUCAGUGCUUGCAUCCUGCCUCCAGGAGCUAUUUAAGGCUCAUUUCCGUGGUGAGGUUUUGCCAGAGGAAAUCACAGAGGAGUCUCUGGAGGAGUCAGUGGGAAAACCUCUCUACUUGAUAUUUAGGAACCUCUGCCAGAUGCAGGAGGACAACAGCGGUUUCUCUCUGCUGCUGGAUCUCCUCUCUGAGCUCUACCAGAAGCAACCCAAGAUUGGUUACCACCUGCUGUAUUAUUUAAAAGCCAGCAAAGCUGCUGCGGGGAAGAUGAACCUCUACGAGUCCUUUGCUCAGGCCACACAGCUGGGAGACCUGCACACAUGUCUGAUGAUGGACAUGAAGGCCUGUCAGGAGGAUGAUGUAAGGCUGCUCUGCUACCUCACCCCCUCCAUUUACACAGAGUUCCCAGAUGAGACCCUCCGCAGUGGGGAGCUGCUCAACAUGAUUGUAGCUGUCAUAGACUCGUUCCAGUUGCAGGAGCUGGUUUGCCACGUGAUGAUGGGCAACCUCGUCAUGUUCCGGAAGGACUCUGUGCUGAACAUCCUGAUUCAAAGCCUGGACUGGGAGACGUUUGAGCAGUACUGCACCUGGCAGCUCUUCCUGGCACACAACAUUCCUCUGGAAACCAUCAUCCCCAUCCUGCAGCACCUCAAAUACAAAGAGCACCCCGAGGCCUUGUCCUGCCUGUUGCUGCAGCUGAGGCGAGAGAAGCCCAGCGAGGAGAUGGUGAAGAUGGUGCUGAGCCGACCGUGCCACCCCGAUGACCAGUUCACCACCAGCAUCCUGAGGCACUGGUGCAUCAAACACGACGAUCUGCUGGCUGAGCACAUCAAGUCCCUGCUCAUCAAGAACAACAGUCUGCCCAGGAAACGCCAGAGCCUGCGCAGCUCCAGCAGCAAACUGGCCCAGCUCACCCUGGAGCAGAUCCUGGAGCACUUGGACAACCUUCGCCUCAACCUGACCAACACCAAACAGAACUUUUUCAGCCAAACCCCGAUCCUGCAGGCGCUGCAGCACGUCCAGGCCAGCUGUGACGAGGCCCACAAGAUGAAGUUCAGUGACCUGUUCUCCCUGGCCGAGGAGUAUGAAGACUCCUCCACCAAACCCCCCAAAAGCCGUCGGAAAGCCACCCUGUCCAGCCCCCGCAGCCGCAAGAGCGCGGCUCAGCCGCCCAACAACGAGGAGGAGUCGGCGUCCAGCAGCGCCUCGGAGGAGGAAGACACCAAACCCAAACCCACCAAAAGGAAAAGAAAAGGCUCCUCGGCCGUGGGCUCGGACAGUGACUGAGGGGCAGGUGCGGCCCCAGCCCCAGCCUGCUCUGGGGAGGGUCUGGGGGGCUGACGUGUAAAUAAAGAGUUGUGACGGGACUCGGCUGCUCCAGGAGCCUUUGGGGAGUGAAGUCGAGUCUGUGCCCACGGGGAAGGACGAGACAGCCUCGGGGCCGGGUCUUCUCGGCGCGGCUGGAGCCCGCGGGGUGCGGAGGGGCUGCGCUGGGCAGGGUGUUUUUUGGGGGGGGGAUGUGCCCCCAGCUCUGGCAGCGUUUUUAAAUGGGGUUUUUUAAAGAAAAAAACCAAAAAAAUAACAACAAAAGACAAAGCCAACAAUAAAGAGACUCCCAGGUGUUUUGUA